GCGCCAACCGCCCGGGCCCGCCUUCUCCGCCAUUAACGGCCCGGCGGAGGCGCGAGGCGGGGUCGCUUCCUCAUCUUCCCUCGGAGGCGCGGAAGGCGAGCGGGGGAAGAAACAGCCGCGCUUUCCCGCUGAGGCGGAGACGCAGCAGCCCAGGCGGAUCUGAUUCAGGCGUCGGGGAGGGCUGGGACUGAGGCGGCGGCGGCGGUUGCGGCGGUAGCUGGGGCCUGCCCGCCGCCGCCAUUAUGCGCCACAGCCUGGCCCAGCUGCUGGCCAGUUCGUCGGCCUGCCCAUCCCCGAGCAAAGGGCCUCCUCCCGGCAGGAGCGGCAGCCGGGCCGAGGCGGGCGACGAAGCCGCGCCGCCGCGCCGAGAGGACAGCGACGAUUCUUCUUCCCUCGAGGAGGCGGGUGGCGUCGAGCUGCUCUUCCCGGCGGGCCUGGAGCUGGAGUUGGACGACUGGCUGGAGGCGGCGGUGGUGGCGACCGAGAACCGGCCGGGCUGGUUGGCGAGUCCGGAGCGGGCCUGCGCGGAGACUGAGGAGGAGGAGCAGCAACCGAAGCAGCAGCAGAGGCCGCAGCCGCAGGGCCGUCGCCCCGCGCGGCCAGCGGGGAGCAGCCGCCUGAAGGCCGCGGCCGCGGCCCGCCUGAACCGCCAGCGGAAGAAGCAGUACGUGAUGGGCUUGGAGAGCCGCCUGCAAGGCCUGGCGGCCGAGAACCGCGGCCUCCGUGACCGCAACCGCGGCCUGUGCCGCCGCCUGCGCGACCUGGAGCGGGAGACCAGCUACCUGCGCGCCGUGCUGGCCAACCAGAGCGCCCUGGGGAGGCUCCUCAGCCGCUUGGCCGGCGACGGCAGAGUGGGGCUCCGCAUCAGCAGCAGCGGCCUGGUCGACGACGGGGCGGCGGCGGCCGUGCUGGAGGCCAGGCCGGCCUACGAGGCCAGCGGCGACCACGACUACGCCCUGCCGGUGGUGCCCGAGGGAGGCGAGCGCAAGAGGGCGGCUUCCCCCAGCGCCGGCGGCAUCUGCCUGCACGUGGAUCGCGACCAGGUUUCGGUGGAGUUCUGCUCGGCUUGCGCCCGGCGGGCGGCGGUGGGCUCUGCUUUGGGGGCGGCGGCCGCCUCGCCUCCCUCCACCGCCGACUCCUACUCUGCCCUCGCCUCCAAAAUGUAGGGUCAAGUAUUCCGCUUCUUCUUCGCUCCUAACUACGCAGAACAUAACAUUUUUUUGUCUCGGGGUGCCUUCCCGCGAUCGCCCAGGGGGUGUGUGCUGUAUAGUGGAGGAGGCAGUCAGAGGACAGAGCGGAAGAGAGAGGGAGGAAAGCAAGCCGCAGCAAGCAGACAUAAACGCGCAGCGCACAAACGGGGGGUUUAGUCAGAAAACUGGCAUGUUCCUUCCUUCCCUUCCGUAGCAGAGAGUUAAAAAAAAAAAACGCAGACCUUCGCGUGCGUGUGAACAGGACGGAUCGAUGCUGGGGUGCCUGUUUGGCCGUGUUGUAAACAGAGGACCCGUUUUUAAGGCACACAAUGGUCAGGACAUCUCUCACAAUGGCACGCAGAUGGCACAAUUCGAGACUGCCAGGUGGUUUUGUUAAAAAAAAAAAAAAGACAAAAAAUGAUUGCCUGAAAUGGCGGCACCUGGUGUUGGUUGCCAGUAAAAAUAAUGCUCUGUCUGGCAGAUAAAAAUCUAGUCUGCGUUUCUGGGAAUUGUAAACGUUGACCUCCUCACUGGACAGACUUAAGAGCAGAAUAGUAAUACCGUGCAGCAGGUAGUUUAAAACAUGCAUGUGAAAUUAUAUCGCAUCUGUUAUACAUUACUAUUAAACUUCUCUGACAGUUUCUCUUUUAGGUGGUUGCCCUGCCAGGCUCCGUUGUGUAGGGGUUAAAAGAACAGUCGCUUUCCACCUCGCAACCUGGUAAGGAUCCCUAUAUUCCCAUAAUGUGGUAUCAGACAACUUUGCAUUGAUGCUUACUCUGGGGUUUCUUAUUACUUGGUCUGGACCAGUCUUUAGAAGAGUUCAGAAGCCCUGGAGACAUUUUGUAGAAUCAGUUGAUCCUGAUUGAGCAACUUGCAAUUUAAUGGUUAGUCAAGCUGCAUUGCCUUUUCCAGUCAUUCAUUAUUUUUGGAAAGGCUUUAUCAGGACAGAUGUUAUUUUAUGCAGAGUUUUUACAGAGUAGCUGAAGUUUUCAAAAACAGGUGCUGCUUAAAUGUAUGUUUGGCCAUACAUUUGAAUGUGGAGAAAGGGGGAUGAAAACCAGUCUACUAAUUAAGAUGGUGAAGAUGAACUUUUUAAGGUACAAAUAAGCCCCAUAUAUUCAUAUUUGAUGUUGCAUUUCACCAGCGAAAUAAGGCUCUAACUCAGCUUUUCCCAACCUUGGGUUCCCACUUGUUGUUGGACUGCAACUCCCAUCAUCCAUAGCCAGCAGGGGCAGCAGAUAGGGAUGAUGGGAGUGGUAGUCCAACAUCUGGGAACUCAAGGUUGAGAAAGGCUGCUUCUUACUAUUGCAUCUAUGCUUAAACUCCCAAACUCCUCACUAUUAUCUUCCCAUGUUGGCUAGGGGUAGGACAUGUCCAAAUAAAAGUACCAAGAUCCUGACAUAGUUGGGUACUUUCUAGCUUACUAAUUAAGAAUGUAAAUGAGAACAGUAAUUUUGCAAGCAGGAGUGCUCAACCAUACUGACCCUUUGCACUGUUACGUACAGUUUGAAGACUGCACUGCAUGAAUAUUACUAAACACUUAUUUAUUCCAAAAAAUUAAGUCUUCUAUCACAGCCCAGUGGAAUUAGUUUUCAUGAUUAAGGCACAUACAGGUCUCUUAAAUUGUUGUAGCAAAAUGGAAUUGGCAUAUCAAUCUGAUGUGUUCCUAAGGAGAGAAAAAAUAGGUGAACAAAUGUUCAUCUUCAUAGUGUUCCUGCAACUGUCCAUGUCUAGGGUUGAGGAAAAGUUUUUGUUGUCAAACACCUUCAACUUUUUCUGUUGUAUUAAAAUGGUUAAUACUUUAAUUUCUGUAAAUUGGGGAAAUAAGGGGUGUGAAAAUGUAAAGUGGGGUUCCACAAAGAAUGUUAAAUUUGGAAAAGGUAUGCCUCCUAAAGGAGGCUUCUCCAUAUUAUUUUUGUUCUCUUGCUAUUUGUGUGGAAUACUUCCUGUUAAACACAUAAUCAGUUAUCAGAAUCAGGAGUUAAUUUGAGUACAAGGAGAUACGAUUCUUUGUGAAACCUCACUGAUUAAUAAAGUAUAUGUGUAUUUAGCAUCCUUGUUUUUCUUUAUGCUGAAGUGGAUACAGCUGUCAUGGGGCAGAAGAGACGGGACCAGCUGCUGGCACACUUCCUGCUUUAUUUUAAAAGGUAGUAUGAUUAAAAAGGGGGAAAGGUAACAGGGCUUUUGCAGCAUUUUACUUUAAAACAACACUGCAAAAUUAUGUGAAUGUUUUGAAUAAUACAGUCUAUCAAGAAAAUGAGUAUAAUACUAAUGUGAAAAGUAACGGUGUGAAAAAGCACUUGUUCUCCUACAUCAAUUUCCUCCUUAUUCUCAGUCAAUUGUCUAAAUUAUUUGAAGUACAUCCUUUCGGCAUAGCAGAGACCAUGAGCCUCGCCUGAACUAUAAAUUCAUUUAUAUGGCUGUUCAUGUUUUGGGUUAUAUUUGUAGUACAGGUGUAUUUCUUAUCUGCCUAUCUCUGAACUAUACAGAGUGGCUGGCAUCCCUUUUCUGGGGGAAAUUGCAGCCCAACACAGGACAAAUCUAUAUACUGGUACAUAUCUUGGGUUAGUCCCCAUAUACCAGUUGCUGUAAAUGAGUGCAAUCUUGGAAAGUCCUCUAGCUAUUCAUAACCCAUGCUUGAUGGCAUGGGAGCAUAACACCUGAAAUUGUAUACUAAUCAAUUUAAAAUUAUACUCUUAUUCAGCAUUCUGUGUUUAUAAUGGAAGCAGUACAUUAUAUACAGUCCCAUUAAUGCUCCUUAUGACCUAGUGCUGUUGUUUUUCAAAAGCUAGGGUCAACAUCCCCUCCUUUUUGUUGCUAGUACCUUUCCAGUUGACAGGCCACAAUUGGCUGUCACUGUGCUGCGUAGUUUCUGAAGUUGAUGCAUUUUUACAAUUGCUUUUCACAAUAGACAUUUUUGUUAAUGUGGUAUUUCUGUGAAAGCAGACAUUCUCUCUUUUAAUUUUGUAUUAUUGAAAUACUUUGUUAGAUAAAAAACAUUCUGGGUAGUUGAUCCACCUUGUGUGUCAUUGCCCCUUGAAGAAUAAGCUGUUGCAUCUGUAUACAAAGGGAGUGGCUGCUUGUUUUUCAACAAGGCAAAUGACACACUUGCUUAGCAAAAAUCUCAAAAAUAUGACUGCAGGGAUUUUAGUGCCUAUUGAAGCAUGUUGAAGCCAAAUAAAAUUGCAAACCUUUUUUUCUUGUCAAUCGGUUGAGUAUUGUUGAAUAUUUUUUUGAAAUUGAAGCCUUGAAUAAUAGUACUUGAAAUAUGUGUGAAUGUUUCUGUGCAACUAGUUGUGUCAUACCUAUGAGAACACAGUGUCCUAAUAAAAAAAAUGUGUUGAUCUUCCAGUUACAGGCUCAAAGGAUUUUUUUUAAUCUUAUGUUAUAAAAUUUUAAUUUCAUUGAAUGGCUUUUUAAAUGUUGACUGGUGUGACACAGUUGGAAAAUAGUUGGUGUGAUAUCAAAGCAGCAUUGUGGUUUAUGCAGCUCAUUUCUUGCUGUAGUUGGGGUUGGAUUAAUGCUGCUGUUCAGAGCAUUUUCUGUAUAUGACCAGUGAUACACUGGCUAUGUUAAGAGUUGCUGAUUUAGGGUUAUUAACCAGAGUUUGCAGUAAUGUAGAAAAUCACUUACCAUGUAUUUUAUUCACAUCCUCUUGCUCAGGUCAUUAAGAGGUCAUAUUACAUUUAGCUCUGCACAUAUAAGAUAAUUGUGUCCAAAAAGCACCCUCACUUUGUGCUUUCCAAGAGUCUUUUAAAUACUUAUGUCAGCAAACCUACGCAGUUCUUUAAAAUAUCCCUUGAGUAGCCAGACACUUUCAUGAUUGCUUUAAAAUAUUUUAAUGUUGUGACGAUCCUGAUGUUUCGCAGUAGGGUGUUAUGUACUUUCAUAAACAAAUAAGUAUAAUAAUGUAUAGUAAAAUACAGUCAAAACCACCUGUUUUACCGUUAUGUGUGUGCGAACAAUAAUAGAUUAGGAAAGCAUUAGUAACAUUUGAACAGGAAAAAGUAAGCUGCUUUAGAUUGCUUACUGUUUGCUAUUGAGCACUUAAGGCUAUUUUUAUGUUAAUGUUGGCUGUUAAAAAAUUAUGCAUUGCUGUGCUGGGAACAUGUUACGAUUGCACUGGGAGCUGGUUAACCAACUUUUGCUGGCUGUCCUCUUUCCAAGAAUAAAUUAUUGAGAGCAAGUCGGUGAUAAAAUAAUUUUGUUUGCAACAAGACUAGUGUAAGGCCCACUUGGUGCUCUGCCAUAAAGUUCAAUAGGCUCAUCUACUCAUCCACCUUUUCUCCAAGGAGCUAUUGGUGGCAUAAGCAAAACGUCCUCAAGUUUUCUGUUUAGAGUAUGUUCUUUAAUGUAGACUGGUGAGGGCCUGAACAGACUUUGCUCCAGCCAUCUCCCUCCUAGAUAUCAGUGGCUCCUAUCUAUGAAUUAACUUUCCAGACAGCAAUGGAUUAUCUGGCAUGACUCUUACUAUAAAAAGUAAUAAUUUCACCACUAGUGGUGCCUUCAGUUAGAGCCUUCUGGCCAGAUAGUUGUGUCCUAGUGAGUUGCACAGAUGUUACAUGCACCUGAGUCAGAAAAUGUCGUCACCUUGUUUGGAAUGUUGAAUGAAUAAAGCACUUAAACUACUAGGUAUUGCUUAAAUGAUAAAUUACAAUUCAGCCUAAUGUUGUGCUGAAUCAGUUUAUGGGACACAGGAAGGUGACUUACACUGACUGAGGCCUUUGGUCCAUCUAGCUAAGGAUUGUCAACAUUGCCAGACAGGGUUUCAGACCUGGAUUGUUCACAUUCCUUCAUUGAGAUGCUGAAAAGUGAAGCUAGGAAUUCCUGCAUGCAAAGCUGAUUUUCCAAGAAGGAAAUACAGUGGACCCUCGGGUUAUGUUACCUUUGGGUAACGUAAACUUCGGGUUGCAAACGCAGCAGACCUGGAAGUGGGUUUGCUGCUCACACGUGCACAGACGUGGUCUUCUGUUAUGAAAUUUUUGGAAUACAGCCGGGCCUCUGGAACCGAUCCCGUUCGUAACCGGAGGUACCAUUGUACAGUGGUACCUCUGGAUAUGCACACCUCUGGUUGUGUACCCUUUGGGUUACGCACGCGGCAAACCUGUAUUUUUCUGGUUUUUGCUGUUCUGUGUGCAAUCAGAGAUACCAGUGUAGCUCAAACUUUAUCUAGUAAAGUGGUACCUAUGGUUACGAGCUCUGCUACCCCGGAAGUAGCUGCUCCUGGUUGUGAACUUUGCCCCAGGAUGUGAAUGGAGCAGGAGGCCCCAUUAGCGAAUGCGCGCCUCAGGAUAAGAACGGUUUCAGCUAAAGAAUGGACCUCCAGAAUGAAUUAAGUUCGUAACCAGAGGUACCACUGUAUUACCAGUGGUUGACUUGUCUUAGUAUCAGGUAGAAGCUGAUAGGAAAUAAGACUUCAAAUACACCAGCUUUUGAACAUUGUCAUUCUUUUUUGACCUGCACUAUACCACCGUUGGGAAAAUAAGGCCUUUUUUUAGUAUCUCACUUAGAAAAUGUGAUGUAAAUGUGUGUGCAUCUUAAUACCGCAAAUUAACCUUUCUUGUUUAUUUUUUCUUUUAAACAGCUUAGUAGUAUCGUGGGGGGAAAUCAUUAUUCUGCACCCUAUAACUUCCUGGACAGAUGGCAUCAAAGUAAUUGUGGAGAGCCAUGUCUCACAUUGGCAUCCAACAAAACGAAUACUGUUUCCAUCUGCUACCAUUUAACCCAAAAUAGAAAUCUUUUGUUUGACAUUUUUGGACUGCAUCAAAACAUUUACUUGCAAAAUGUUAGGUAAGGUUUAUCUGGUUUUUAGUAUCCAAUUUGAAAAACAGUAGAUAGGAUGUAUCCGUCUUGUUCCCAAAAUUGCUAAAAGGUUUGUUGGGGACAUACUCCAUGUCAGUUAAAAAACAAAAGCAAACACCUAUACACUACUGAACAUUUGUCCAUUUAGACAUAAAUUAGGAGAAGGAAUGUUCAGGUUUGCUUCUUCAACCCGAGGUGGUUUACGCAAGGGUGUGAAGUUCAAAUUCUUAUAUCUGAUGAUGCAAAGUUUAAUUCCCACUUGUUUGGGGGGCUGGAUUCUUGGAUUAAUUGAGCAGGGAAAAAUCCCUGCCCAGCCAGAGUUACCAGCAUAUUAAGACGAGUUUGCAACUCAUCUGGAACCAGGGUGAGGACUGACACAUCAUUUUAUAGCUUAGAUGCUGCUUCCAUACAUAUACACAUUCUCUGUCUCUCUGGAGCACAUUCUCAAAGUUGAUUAUAAACCAUUUGAAUAUAAUAUAUAGCAAUUUUGUAGUAGCAUGGUCUAUAAGAAUGGAAAAUGUGUUUGUUUAAACAGAGGGGUGGUCCUUCUGCCUUGAGUAAUGUGUUCAGAUUGGUGUGUUCUGUGUUCUAGAAAAUGAUAUUUAAUUCACAUAACCCAUGCUGUGAUGAGAAUUGAGAAAAAUGUAGAAAUAGAAAUAUUUACCUUACACAUUUUAUUAUGUUGAGAACUGUCUUGAAUAAAAAAUAUUUUAGCAACAUAGAUUAAAACAUUUAACUGGCAGCAAGAGAAACAUGGGCCACUGCAAGUAGGUCAUAAAUACCACUUGCCACAGGCCAAGCAGUUUUCCUUUUAUUCUGGUGGCAUCCAUCAUGGAAAUUGUCCAGAUCUGCUAUUCCUUAAGACAGUACAACAGGGAGGUGAGCAGGAGCUUGUUGUACACUAGGUGUUAAAUGAUGCACAAUCAAGAUCUCUUCCUUCCCUUCCAGAGGAAUAUGGUCAGGUAAGCAACCUGCAGGGCAUUGAAGAGCUCUAGGGAAUGUUCUUCUUUAUUUACUUAAGCGCCGCCCAAGCUGGUUACAACAAUAAAACACGAUACAGUAUUUAAAGCAACUUACAAUCUCAAAAAUGAAACCCCAGAGCUUUUCAAUGCUCUGUAGGCUGCUGCUUUGUCAGCCACUCCUUGGAAAACCUUCCUGGAAGGUAGCCUUGAUGCAAUGUUCUCCCACCCGUUAAUGGAAGCUACUCUUUCUUAAAAAAGUAAGACACACCAGCUGCUCACAUCCAUGGUAUUACGUACGGUAGGAUUCCCUGCAUUGCAGGAGAUUGGACUAGAUGAUCCUCAUGGUCCCUUCCAACUCCACAAUUCUGUGAGCAAGAGGGAAACCUGUCCAGCGUCACCACAAAGGUUUCUUCUAAGUAUACUGGUCUCCUUCAUCACUUUCCACCUAUCCCCCGUACCAAAAAGAAAGAGGGAGGGGAAAAAGCACAGGCAAAAGUACUGGCCCUUCACCAUUAGGUCCCAAGGCUUGCUCAAUAUGCUAAGAGCUACUUUAAAAAACAAAAACACUAGCAGGAUGAUUUACAUAAAGAAAAACCAAAUAAGUAAUGAUUGCAUAAAUUCAAAUUUUAUCUUUUAUUUCUUCAGGGUCUUCUCCAGGCUGGGGCAACUGCAGCAUUUUAAUGUAUAUUUCAUGACUUUUUGAGGUCAGGUAUGCUCCAAAUGCAAUUUGAAGGAUUGCAGCAUAUUUCAUCUUUUUGUAAACGGGUUUGCAAACCAUCAACCAGUAGCGCAGCAUGUUUUCUUGGCCUGGCAUGGGAGUUGUUAAAUACCUGGGGUGGGGUGGAAAUAAGAAUUAGCUUGACAAUUGCAAACACUAGGCUACUGUUAAAUUCAGCCUUUAUUAAGAAAGUUUUCUGAUGGAGCAGCAGUUUACAAGCUCUCUUUAGUCUCUUUGUCAGUUGUCUUAAGAUUAGGCUUUCAAAAUAGGUGCUAGCCCACUUUUACCAAAUUGUAUACUAGACGCUGCAUCUCUGUGUACUACCUCAUAAUUAUACUAAAAGUGAAGCAAAAACUGAGCAAAUUCUAUAUAUGGACAAAACAUGUGUUAAUUAAAUGCAGCCACAACAUGUGAAAGGGGACCAAUUUACAUGAUGCCAGAAAAGGUGCAGAAAGGUGUUCUACAAACUAAUGGCUCUAUAUUGUUGCCAGAAAACACUUCAUUAGGCACAAGCUAAUGAUGCAGACUUUGUUACACCUAUUUAUUUUACAACCAAUUGUUGGUCCAUUAUUCAGAUUUCCCUUUCAGGUGGUGUUCAGGAAUGAAAGAGCAAUAGCAAGUGCUUGUGAUUCAAGCAGAUUAACCCAGACAAUGGAUGUCUGAAGAGAGUGAUGGAGGGGAAGCUAUACUUGGAAAUCAGUUUAGGUAAUCCUAGAAAACUGAAGUUAGGUGUGGAAAAACAAUGUGCAUUUUUAACUGAAAUUCCAUUUUAGGGAUUUCCCAUGUAAGGGUGAACAGCUCAUGGUCCCAACACUGGUAGCACCCCCCUCCAUCCCUUGCAAUCAGUGCAAUGGAUUUUCCAAAACUGCACAUGUAAAAGCUGAGUUUACAUAGAAGAUUAAAAUCGUACCUUGUUGCAAGAGCGGCAUUCAAAGGUAGAGCUAGGAAAAUGGGGUAGAACCAACCUAUUACUCCUCCAAUUGCACCACCUCUGAUCCAGGCGCAAGUUGCACAAUUUAGAUCACCUGGAGAACGAAAUAGACAGAUAAGCUGUAAAACCCUAAGUCUGACUUAAAUUUGCAGACAAAUAACAUGUGAAUUAAGUGAUGUAGUGACAGCAUCCCUAUUGCAGGCUUACAUCACUGCAUCUUAAAAUCUGCUUUCCUAAUUUUGAUUAGACUUUGUUAGGCUGAUAAGCUGCUCAGAUUUCAAUAGCACCUGUCAUAAAAGUAUUGCUGCAAAAUAUUCCUGAGAUUCCCUAAAUAUAUGCCACAAGAGGGACCAAGGUGUGCCUUGAAGAGAGAAGCCAAUGCAUUGGGCGUUCUAGCACUAUAGACUACUCCACCAAAAUAUGUACAGUGACAUGAUCCAGAAUCAUCACUUGCUAACUGGGCAAGAUGGAAGGUUGAGUAUUUGGAAGUAAUUUUAACAGCAUUAUCCUGCAGUUUACACUCAAAGGGGACUAAGAUAAUCUUUUUGAAUGCAAGAAGGCUCUCCAUGUUGGAUGCCAAAAACAAUUAUCUACAUCUAUAUACUGAGUUUCUUUUGGGACGCUUCGGAAAAGUAUAGAAACAACAGUAACACCAAAUUGCAGGUAAGGCGCUGAAACACCACACUGUAUUAUUACUGUUUUAAAGAACUGGUACUCUUCCAGCUGUGAGGUCUUGCAUACCAUCAGUGGGUGGGGCACCCCCCACCUCACCUGCACCUUAAGCUCAUUUUAUUUUCUCAAGAAGAGAGUACUACAAAGAGCUAAAGGAACAAGUUUCCAUAGCCCUAUAUAUCUGGGGAGUAUUGCAAAUAGCCUCUUGUCUUGUGAGUAGGUAACCUUGUCCCAGUGUGGCUAAUACAUCCUUCCCAGCACAGACAUUUCAAAGGUUACAGUUCGCUUUGAAUGCAGAUAACGUACCUUCCAUUAAAGGCCGAUUAAUCAAACACUCAUAAGUGACCACAGUUGUAAUGAACGGUAAAACAGCCAUGGGCAGAGCAGAUACAAUACGAGCUUGGGUUAUAUUCAGGACACGUCUAAACAAGCUAUUUGCUACUAAGCCGCAGAGACUUCCAUUUAAGGCAAGGAACAUGGAUCCACUUUGAAAAAAACUCCUGUGGAAGAAAAGGAAAAAACAUUUCAAGAAUUGCUAAUAGCUGUGCAUGUACAAACAUGGUGCAUUAGGAGAGUUGUAUCCUUGUGUGCUGUGCAAAGAAGCACAUUUGUGAAACCAGACAAAUACUGUAUUCUUUGGGUAUAUCCCCCAGUGCUACCAGUAUGUUGCUGUGUCCUAUUAGAGCUGACAGAUACAACCACUUGCAGUAUUAAAAAGGGACAGUGAUUUUCACAGCUGCAACAAAAUACUUAGGAUUGCAAUUCUACCUAUUGAGCUAUAAGCCCUCUUGUUAAUUGGAGAACUAUUCCAAGUGUCCAUAGGAUUGCCAGAUCUACGCUUAGAGUGAACAGCUGUCCAAUACUCUGAGGCUCCGAUAGAGGAUGCAAGCAUAUGAGCAGCUAUAGAAGGAGCAGCAGGAGGGACAAUAGUAAAUACAUCACUUCAGCUUCUAAGGACAACCAUAGUCACUGGCAAGAACCCUAGCAGAUCCUUAAAACUGGUUUGAAGAUUUUGCUGUUCUCUUGAAGAAAUGUUUUACAAAUGUUUUUACAUUUCUAAAUAGCAGAGGGUUUUAUGUUUUAUACAUGAUGGGGUCAUAUAUAAAAAGCAACGUGUGGUCUUCAGUUAUUUCAACUGACAAUACUAAAUACAUUUUCUGAAGUCCUGG